AUGGAUGAGACUACCGGUCAUCCGUCAUUAGAAGUGGGAUUGCCUUCGCCACAAGAGCACAGCGCCACUCAAUAUUUGGCAGCGCUGGAAGAGCAAAACAAAAUGGAAAUUAUAAAAGCCAUGCAGAUCGCCGAGCAGUGCGACAGCCUGCAGGGAUUCCUCAUUUUCCACUCUCUGGGAGGUGGAACUGGGUCGGGAUUUACGUCGCUGCUGGUGGAGCGUCUCUCCACCGACUACAGUAAGAAAUGCAAGCUGGACUUUGCGGUUUAUCCCUCACCGAAGGUCUCCACGGCGGUGGUGGAGCCCUUCAAUGCCCUGCUCACCACCCACUCCACCAUCGAUCACUCGGACUGUGUGUUCAUGGUGGACAACGAGGCCAUAUACGACAUAUGCAACAAUAGCCUGAACGUGGACAGACCCGCCUACCGCAACCUCAACCGGCUCAUUGCCCAGAUAGUGAGCUCGACGACUGCCUCGCUGCGCUUCAGCGGCUCCAUGAACGUGGAUCUCAAUGAGUUCCAGACGAAUCUGGUACCAUUCCCGAGGAUCCACUUCCCGCUUGUGGCGUACGCCCCCCUGAUGUCCGCCGAGAGGGCCGCCCACGAGCAGCAUGCCAUCACCACGCUUACAAACGCCUGUUUCGAAUCCUCCAACAUGAUGGUCAAGUGCGAUCCGAGGAACGGUAAAUUCAUGGCCUGUUGUAUGCUCUAUAGUGGCGAUGUGGUGCCCAAGGACGUCAACGCGGCUGUCUCGGCCAUCAAGUCGAAGCGGCACAUCCAGUUCGUGGACUGGUGCCCCACGGGCUUCAAGAUCGGCAUCAACUAG